AUGGCCCUAAUUCAUAAUCAAAAUGAUAUGCAAAAUAUGUUUAGCAAGGCAGGAAAGAUUGCUUCAGAGAAAUAUAUUAUAUUUAAAGAAAAGAAAAAUUUAAAAAAUAAACCCAGGUAUUUUAAUGGGAAAUCUUAAUCUGUUGCGUCUUCGGAAUAUGUGAAUCAACAAGCUAAUAAGAAAAAUGCUAGAAAUAUCAAGCAAAAAUAAUAAUAAAAGUAAAUUACAGAAGCAGAAAAACAAUUGUCAAGAGAUUAAAUAAUUAUUUAUAAAAAGGAAUAAUUUGCAACAGAUUAUCAACCAAAUUUUGAGUUUGGUAAAAAAUAAUUACUGAGGAGCACCAUUCGAUAAAUUAAAGAAGAGAAAGGAUAUAAUGACCAAAAAACCUCCUUAUAAUUACGAAACCUAUUUUGA